AUGGAUCUAGCCGUGGAUGGUGGGGAGGCCGCCGGAGGUGGUGGGGAGGCGCCGGGGAUGGGGGUGGGGGGUGUCACUAUGGUUGAGGAGGGCGCAGCCGCGGCGCUGCAGGGCGGCGGGGUCGCGCUCGAGGGGAGGAGAGGGGAGGCCGACGCCUCCACGUCGUCAUAUCCAGGGAGCGCAGAGACAGGGAAGGGGGCCGACGACCAUCGCUAUGGGUGGGGAGGGCGGCCGGCGGCCGGGGCGGGUUGCUAG